AUGUGUAAGUGUAACAUUCAGAACCGGGUAACGUUCGGAGAUCGAACUCUGCGAUCGGCGACGUUCGAACCGGGGCAGGCAGCCUCCUCCGUGCUUCGGCAGCUCGCACCUCAUUGACUAACUGGGGGGGCGGGGGCAAAGAGGAGGAGGAGGAGGAAGAAGGAGGAGGAUCUUCGCUGCUUCGGCUGGUUCCAUCCCGGGGGCCAUUCACAGAGAUCGCGGAGAGAGGGGUAAACAGCACCAGAGUCUUGGAGCUCCUCUGCAGAAGAGAAUAAAGAGAAAUGCAGGGAUUUGUAAGGUUACGGCGCUCAAGCUGGAGGAUGUGAUAAUGAUAGCGGUGUGAACCGGCGCUGGCUGUGAGCUGUUGCUGACUUGCUCUGGAACCGGGGAGCUUGGUUAUUGCGGGAGUGUUUUGGAUGAGUUGAAGUUGCUGCUGUACCUUGAUCGUUUGCAACACUAGAGAGAGAGAGAAAGAGUGGGGGAGGGGAAAUACACUCCGUCUUGCAACUGAUUGAGGGGUGAAGGAGCUGAAUUUGGUGCUUAUUUCAUUUGUCUGUGUCUGUGUCUGUGGGUGCAUGCAAGAGAAUUCCCAGCCCUUUGCUUUCCAAGCCCGGGCUGGGCGUGAAUUAUUCGCCUUCGCUGUUUCUCUCUCUCUCUCUCUCUCUCUCUAUUGUGCGAGCCAAAGAUGAAAGACAGAAGGGGAGAAAGUUAAAGAAAUCGCCCACAUGCGCUGCAUCAGUCCAAGGCUUUGGGAAAGGAAUAAAGAGAAGGUGGUAGAAGAGAGUUUGAAGUCUUUGCAGGCGGGAAGAUGGCGGACUGGAGCUGAAAGUGUUGAUUGGCAAACUUGGGUGAUCCUUGUGUUUAUUUACAAUCAUCUUGACCCAGAUAGGACACAUGCAGGCCAAAAAACGCUAUUUCAUCCUGCUCUCAGCUGGCACUUGUCUCGUCCUUUUGUUUUACUUCGGAGGCUUGCAGUUCAGGGCAGCGAGAAACCAAAGCAGGAGAGAGGAGCACAGUAGCAGGAAUGGCUUGCACCACACCAGCCCGGAUCACUAUUGGCCCCGAUUCCCGGACGCUUUGCGCCCCUUCAUUCCUUGGGAUCAAUUGGAAAACGAGGAUUACAAUGUGCACAUUUCCCCUAGGCAGAAGAGAGACGCCAAUUCCAGCGUCUACAAAGGCAAGAAGUGCCGCAUGGAGUCCUGCUUCGAUUUCACCCUUUGCAAGAAAAACGGCUUUAAAGUCUACGUGUACCCGCAGCAGAAAGGGGAGAAAAUCGCCGAAAGUUACCAAAAUAUUCUAGCAGCCAUCGAGGGAUCCAGGUUUUACACUUCCGAUCCGAGCCAAGCUUGCCUGUUUGUUCUGAGCUUGGAUACCUUAGACAGAGACCAGUUGUCACCCCAGUAUGUGCACAACCUGCGAUCGAAAGUGCAAAGCCUCCACUUGUGGAACAAUGGUAGAAAUCAUUUAAUUUUUAAUUUAUAUUCCGGCACCUGGCCCGAUUACACUGAAGACGUAGGGUUUGAUAUUGGCCAGGCGAUGCUGGCUAAAGCUAGCAUCAGUACUGAAAACUUCAGACCGAAUUUCGAUGUUUCUAUUCCGCUCUUUUCUAAGGAUCAUCCUAGGACAGGAGGGGAGAAGGGAUUUCUAAGGUUUAACACCAUCCCUCCUCUCAGGAAGUACAUGUUGGUAUUCAAGGGGAAAAGGUACCUGACAGGGAUAGGGUCAGACACCAGGAAUGCCUUAUAUCACGUCCACAACGGGGAGGAUGUUGUCCUCUUGACCACCUGCAAGCAUGGCAAAGACUGGCAAAAGCACAAGGAUUCGCGUUGCGAUAGAGACAACACCGAAUAUGAAAAGUAUGAUUAUCGUGAAAUGCUGCACAAUGCCACUUUCUGUCUGGUUCCCCGUGGCCGCAGGCUUGGAUCCUUCAGGUUUCUGGAGGCUCUGCAGGCUGCCUGUGUCCCAGUUAUGCUUAGCAAUGGAUGGGAGUUGCCAUUCUCCGAAGUGAUUGAUUGGAACCAAGCUGCCGUCAUAGGGGAUGAGAGAUUGUUAUUACAGAUUCCUUCUACAAUCAGGUCUAUCCAUCAGGAUAAAAUCCUAGCACUUAGACAGCAGACACAGUUCUUGUGGGAGGCUUAUUUUUCUUCAGUUGAGAAGAUUGUAUUGACCACACUAGAGAUUAUUCAGGACAGAAUAUUUAAGCACAUAUCACGUAACAGUUUAAUAUGGAACAAACAUCCUGGAGGGUUAUUCGUAUUGCCACAAUAUUCCUCAUAUCUGGGAGAUUUUCCUUACUACUAUGCUAAUCUAGGUCUCAAACCCCCCUCCAAGUUCACUGCCGUUAUCCAUGCAGUAACUCCCUUGGUAUCCCAAUCUCAGCCUGUGCUGAAACUCCUGGUUGCUGUAGCCAAGUCCCAGUACUGUGCACAGAUCAUUGUUUUAUGGAAUUGUGAUAAACCCCUCCCAGCCAAACACCGCUGGCCUGCCACUCCUGUGCCUGUCAUAGUCAUCGAAGGGGAGAGCAAGGUUAUGAGCAGUCGCUUCCUACCUUAUGACAACAUAGUCACAGAUGCUGUGCUAAGCCUUGACGAGGACACCGUGCUUUCAACCACCGAGGUGGAUUUUGCCUUUACAGUAUGGCAGAGUUUUCCGGAGAGGAUUGUAGGGUACCCUGCUCGCAGUCACUUUUGGGAUAAUACUAAGGAGAGAUGGGGCUAUACAUCCAAAUGGACUAAUGACUAUUCCAUGGUAUUGACAGGAGCUGCUAUUUACCACAAAUAUUAUCACUACCUGUACACUCAUUACCUGCCUGCCAGCCUGAAGAAUAUGGUGGACCAACUGGCCAAUUGUGAGGACAUUCUAAUGAAUUUUUUGGUGUCCGCUGUGACAAAACUGCCUCCAAUCAAAGUAACACAGAAAAAACAGUAUAAGGAGACCAUGAUGGGGCAGACUUCCAGGGCUUCCCGCUGGGCUGACCCAGAUCAUUUUGCCCAGCGGCAGAGCUGCAUGAACACUUUCGCCAGCUGGUUUGGCUAUAUGCCGCUGAUCCAUUCUCAGAUGAGGCUUGACCCUGUCCUCUUUAAAGAUCAGGUCUCCAUCCUGAGGAAGAAAUAUCGAGACAUUGAACGACUUUGAGGGGCCUGAACUGUUCUCCAUGCCCAGUGCAGAUCCACGGACACUUGGAGCCAGACUGUAACGAGGACAAAAACACAUGCAAGUGGAAAGCAGAGUUGUGUGGCUCCAAAGAAUCAUUGUGCUGGACUGCUUCAAACCACCUCCCAGGCUUCUGUCGUUCAAGACUAGGUUGUGUACAGUUUCAUUAUGGAACAUUAAAUAAUUAUUUUUGAAAUGAUUGCUAUGCAGGUUAAAACUUUUUUAAUGAUCAAAAAAACCCACAACUAUUAAAAACAGAGUUCUUUCUUUAAUCAAAAUGGUGUUGGGUGUGAAUAUUUCCAAGUUGCCAUUCCUUUCUUACAAACAUGUGAAGCUGCCAUUGCUUUCUUACAAGCAUUUUAAUAUCAUUGCAGGGAAAACUGAGUGAAAAUUGCAAAAUUAAAAGUUCAGCUCUCACAGGUAGAAAAUGCAGCAGUUUAAAAAAAAUCAAGCACAAACAGGACAGAAAUUAAACAUUGUUUCACUUAAUGCCUUUUUUGGUUUCAGUUUUUUAAUUUUCUCUUUCACUGCUCAAGUCAAUGACAUUAAAUGUAUCAACCAUUCUAUUGCACAGAGGGAAAGCUGAAGAAUGUCCAUUUAGUGAAGCAUAGUUAAGAUCCUUCUGUUUAGGGAACAAAGACAAUUAAACCCUAUUUUUUUAAAUGGGGAGAAAAGAUUGAUGCCUAGGAAAUAUUAGUCAAUUGUCUGGUUUGCACAAAGAACAAAACAGAUAGGAUGGAAGUCAAAGAGGAGGAAUCCAAUGCCUUUUAUUGGUGGUGGUUAUAUUCGAGUUAUGAAUGAAUCAUAAGAAAUCAUCCUGACUUCUCUCAUCAGGGUGUGGCAGGAGUUUGGAAGUUCUGUUUUAUUAUAUACCUGUUAUGAAUGGAGGAAAAUAUAGCAGCUAUAGCUACAAUGAUGGGUAAGCUACAGUUUGCAUGAGUUGCUCUUCUUGUGCACAUGGGAAUAUGUAUCAUGGUGGCAUUAUUUAUGUCACAAUAGUUAAGGGUCUAUCAACAUUCCCAUUUUAAUCCCCUUGUUUUGAAGGGGGAUGGGAGGAAGAGCUUGACUUAUAAGGACUUUGCCUGAAACCACUUGUAUUGAGGAAAAUCAAAUCAGUCUAGGUAUUUUGUAGUUGUAAGAGUGAAAGCAAGUAGCCAGAUUCCAUCUUGGAGUUCUGUUGGUAUGGAGUAUGUCUAUCAGUGGCAGUAGUUACUACAGAUUUAACCCACAGUAACUCAAGGUAGAAUCUGGCCCAAAGAUAGAUCUGGUAGUUCCAGGUGCUUUUCUGUUCUCCUUAUAACUCACAAAUGGUUUUCUCAUUUCAAACAGAAACAUUUCCGUUAUUUACGCCAUAGUGUGAACUAGUUACGUAUAUGUUUAAAUUGUGGGAAUAAAAUAAAAACACUGAUUUAAGCUAAAAAGAAGCGAUUACAAUCUAUUGGAUAAAUAAGCACUUUUAUCAAUUGUUUUAACUGUCACAUAUUUCCAUGAGAUGUCUCUGGGUAUUUGAUAACAAUAAUCACACUCAAAAAAGUGUGUUAAAAUAACAGCAAGAAGGUGUGACUUUGGCCCCAGAUAAAACCACUGCAGAGCAUUCCUUACCUCAUUCCUUUGUGUCUAGACCAGUGUUUCUCAAAUGUGGCCACCAGGGACUUUUCUUGUGGCCACACUCCUGGGUGGUGAUUGGAGGAGAAGUGGGGGAAAGCAGCGGCCCUUCCCAUGGAGCCACCAGCAGGGGCUGGGCCUUGUUCCCCUCUGGGGACACAAACGCUGGAGGAGCAGGCAGCCAGUGAGUUCCCCACCUUUCUGUGGGGACAGUGAGAUCAGGCUUCAGCCUUGGGGUGGUGAGCAGCAGGCUCCAGGCGUGAGGCUUCAUCUCCGCCCUGUGGUCCAGGCCCCGUUCCCUGGGUGCAGGGCACAAAGCUCUAUCUCCCAAGCUGUGCCACAGCAGGUUCCAGCCCUGGCCCUUGGCUGUGCAGCAGUAGGCUUCAGCCCUGGGCUCACCCCCCACCCCCCAUUACCCCUGGCCCCUGUUGCCUCUGCCAGCCACCCCCACCCAUUCCCCUUAUGCCCUGGCCCACUUGCCUCCCUAUCCACCUCCCCAUCCAGGGUUUACUUUGGCCCCUGGCUUGCUGGUGCUGAGUAAGUCUGCUGUGAAAAGUGAUACUUGUAUGUUUGUUAAUAUCACUUUUCACAGCAGACUUAGCAGCUAGCUGGGAGGCUGUGCAAAGUGAUAUUAAUAUGCUAGCAUCACUUUUCACUGCAGCAGACUUACUAGCCAACAACUCUUUUAAAAACAACAACAAAAGACAAGAACGUGCAAAGCACCUUAUUAGUGUUUCAAUUCUGUUUAGAUCCAGCAAAGAAUAGAGACAACUGUACGUUAUUUUUAUCUGCAAAAAAAAAAAAAACACAAAUAAAUUACAAUGAUUUGGACAUGUAUAUGUACAUAUUUAUUUGUUUUUUCCUAAAAUUAAUUAAAUAUUUUAGGAAAAAUUGUCAGAGCAGGUAUCAGCAAGAGUUGGUGGCCACACUCUGAGGCCAUCAAAAAAAUUGUUGUGAGAACACCUGGUCUAGACAGUUGAUACAGGGGAUGGAGAGAGCAUGCUCUCGAAGCCAGAGAACGACUGAAGGUGGUUGGGUCAGAGUUACUGGGUUCUAUUCCUAACUCAGCCACUGAUUCCGCAUGUGGCUUUGGUCAAAUCACUUAAUCACUGUGUGCCUCAGUUUAGCCUGCUGUAAAAUUGACAUAGUAAUGUCUAUCUCCUGGAGGGGUGAUUAAUUGAAUUAAUGUUUGUAGCAAAACAUAUAAGCUCCUCAUCAGUAAGAUAUAGAAGUGCACAAUACUAUUACUGUUUGUUAGUACAUGAUCUCCUGUCGGGAUAUUCCAACCAGUGGCUUUCUUUCCAUAUGAACCGCAAUAACCAAGUACAAUACAGUGAGUUAGGGGCAGAGUUCUCAAGUUCCUGGCUGUGUUAUUUAAGUCUGAGCCAAACCCCAUAAAGGACACUUCCAAGGUCUUUUGAAUUUUCCUUACUCUAAUUUUUGCAGUUGCCAAUUAGGGAGCAAGAAAUUAAACUCUGUUGGCCUGAUUUUCAAAAGUGCUGAUCACCCAACUGCUCCCAUUGGGUCUCCUUUCUUGAGGCCUCUUAUUUAGGUGCUAAAAUAUGGCCUAUCUUCAAGGCACCCAUUUGUGAACAUUUUGUCCUGUCAUUCAAAGUAGUGGACAAACUCAGCACAGCUCCUGGUUUGUUUGUCUUGUUUGUGGACAAGCACAUGGCUGUUUCAGCAGCUCGUUCUGGGAGCUAGGUAACGGGCCUCUAGCCAGCAGGAGAAGUGCCUGAAGGUUGCGGGGGCUAGUUCAUUAUAUAAAAAUAAUGCCCAGAGUUCUGCUUUUCUUUUCUUUUUUUAAUAUGGAGAUAUACCUAUCUCAUAGGGCUGUAAGGGACCCCAAAAGGUCAUCGAGUCCAGUCCCCUGCCUUCACCAGCAGGACCAAGUACUGAUUUUGCCCCAGAUCCCUAGGUGGCCCCCUCAAGGAUUGAACUCACAACCCUGGGUUUAGCAGGCCAAUGCUCAAACCACUGAGCUAGACCUCCCCGCUAUUUUAUGUAAUAUGCUUUCUUGGCAGAGUAGGAUGGGUUCUGAAGAAAGGGCAGUGGGUAUUAUCCAUUUUUAAAGGGCAGCAGUUGAAAUCUUGGGCUAAAACUCUUUGACAGCAUCUCUUCAACAUUCUUUUUAUAUGUCGUUUCCAUGGGUGGAAAAAAGAGUAAGGGGGCUAAAUCUGAAUAUUGUUCAAGGCUCUUUCUGUUUACAAAUCGCUACUUAAAGAAGCAACUAUAAAAAGCUGAACUUGAGAACGGUUUCGGAUAGGUAUGAGACACUUUUCUGUAUAACAUGUUACCAAGGCAUAGCCAUCUCUCUAGCAAAGAAUGCAUCUCACUGCCAACCUUGCUAAUGGCCAUAGAUCUCUCUGCCCAUGUGUGGCGAUUCAGUUCCUCGCUAAGUUUUGAGAGUUGGAUGCAGAUCCAGUUUAGAACUUUAUGCAUUAGCCACAGUGAAAAUUUUUAUCAGCCAGUGCUCCUGAAGGAUGCUAAGCAUGUUUCACACCCUCACAUGUCACUAUGCCGUACAGGGCUGUGCAGUUUCUGUAGCAAACAAAAUCCUCCUUUAUCAUGUCCUAUGAAUGUGUCAGUGUUUAUUUUUGUCUUAAUUCAAAUGGUGCUCAAGCAAAAGUCUCUCCUUGUUGCUUUCCUCUCUUGGUUUUUCUGUUCUAGGUUUGUUUGUUAACCUUUACGUUACAGGUACUUGAAUGCCUGCUGACUUGAAGGAGUGUUAAGCAUGUGGCCUUUAGUAAAGGUUACCAACCUUAAUUUCAUCUGGGGUGACUUGGAUGUAUGUGAAUAGAUCCAUGCCAUUAAAACAGAAUAAAAACAGGGAUCAGGGGUUGGGAGAAGUAAUGAAUUUUUAAUUGAAUUUAUUAAAAAAGAAUCCCUGCUUGGUUGUUGUUUGAAUGAGACCCAUUGCUGGAGGAGGGUUUCAUAAUGAGAAAAACGAGUCACAAAAGUAGGGGCAAACUUCCAGGAUUAGAAAAUGUCUGGCUCCCUCCCCAGCGCCUUGGGGCUGGGUGAGAUCUCAUUUGCUAUCCUUCCAUUUUUGAAAAACUCUAAUUAUUACCACAACUUUUUCUAAAUGUGAAUGUUUAAGCUGUGCAACGAUUUCAUCAUGAUGUGCAGCUAUCGAGCACUUUGAUCUACCUUUCCAUUUGAAUCCACCAUGGAUUUGAUCAAGUUGAGAUUUCAAUUUCUUUUUAGAGUCAGGUUUGACAAAGAAAUUAAUCUUUCACCAAUGAGCCCCUCUUUUAAAAUAGGUCUUUUCCAAAAAAAACAUUUUAUGUCAAAAAUGGAAGUGAUCAUUUGACAUUGAAACAAUUGUACCAGCCUAUAUUCAGCUGUACAUAGAUUUUGUGACCUUAAAAAAAAAAAACCCUCUCUUUCCCCUGCCUAAAAUGCAACGUACUUAUGUCUGUCUCCCCUACCCAAAACAAAAGAAUAGUAUGUGGUUGUCGUUAUAAUACCUUUUUUGAUCGAAAUCUAUUUGUUAAAUCCCCAAAUCAAGCAUUCUCUUACAGCAAAGAAAGGAUGGAUUUGUUUUCCAGUCUGACUUUGCUCUUGGAAACUGCAGCUUUAGCAAGGUGCAAAGAAACAUUGCUAUGAAGGACAGUAGCCCAGUCCUACAGUGGGAUCUAUUGACUUCAAUGGGACUCCACAUAGAUGGCCCCAUGAUCCUUUUCAGAGCCCUGUAGAAGUCAGCUGAGCUUUCUGCAGCUGCUGGGGUCUGCCCACUGCAGGAUCAGAGCCAUUGUCUCUAGGAUAAUGAAACAGUCCUCCAAGCUUUGUACGUCUCACUCUUGCGUAAAGUGAUGUCAAGCUGGCCUAUUUACCAUUUAUUUUAUGUCAUUACAUGCUUUUUAACAGCUGUAGUUAAUUUCUUUGUAACCACCUGAUGCAUUAGGAUUUUUCUCCCUCAUUGACAUGAAUUAUCAUUUCACACUGAAAUUAGGGGUGAUCAAAUGGGCCUUGUGACAGUGUACAUAAUCUUGUAUAUUUAUUUUGAGAGAAAAUAUGUAUAAUGUAUGAUUGAAAAGGAUGAAAAAUCAAACUGGGAAUACUUAAAUGGGCAAUUGUAAAGCAAACAAAAAAAAUCAUACCUUAUUUUGUAUAAAAUGUACAUUUGGGGGGAAAAAUUUCUAAUGUGUUACCAAUGUUUUCAUAGUGCUGCCACAUCUUUUUUUUUAAAGCGUCCCCCUUUUCCCCCAUUUGACUAUAAUAUGGUGUAAUUAAACUUCAAGGAAGUGUGUAACAGAGAGAGAGAAAAAAAUUACAAAGCCAUAUUAUUUGAUUUACUUCAUUAACCUGUAUAACAUUAUAGGUUUACCAUCAAAGAUAGGUUGUUUUUAUAGAUAGUGUCACCAAAGACUUUUUUUCUUCAGAUUUAUUAAAAUUUUUGUUAAUAAAUUAUGUACUAUUC